AUGCCUUCCAUCAGCCUAGCAGCGGCCGUCGCCGCGUUCGUCGCCCUCGCGGAUGCGUCUUCAGUACUUCUUCGUGGUGGUACGAUUAUUGGCUUCGACGAGUCAAGCAAUUCACUGAACGUCAUCCGCAACGGCUCUCUUCUCAUCACGGACGACCGCAUCACUUCCAUCUACACUUCAGAUCAGCCCUUGCCGCAAUCAUCCAACGACACGGAAGUCAUCGAUGUCACGAACAAGAUCAUCACACCGGGCUUCGUUGACACCCACCGCCACGGUUGGCAAACAGCUUUCAGGACCAUCGCCUCGAAUACUUCGCUCGCGGAGUACUUCACGCGCUACGGCGAGUACGCUGCCGCUGGCCUCUUGAGUGCCGACGAUGUCUAUAUUGGCCAGCUCGCGGGUCUCUACGAGGCCCUCAAUGCCGGUGUCACGACGACGCUUGAUCACGCCCAUCACACUUGGUCUGAUGAGACUUCGGAGGCAGGGUUGAAGGGCAGCAUUGACAGCGGCGCGAGAGUCUUCUGGUCGUACGCCUUUCACAACGUCACUAACUUUACCAUCUCGGAGCAGCUGGAAAACUUUAGAAGCAUAGCGACCAAAGCCGAGUUUGACGGUACUCCUACCACCUUGGGAGUGGCGUGCGACUUUUUUGGGACCGACGGUGUUCUCGCGGAUAUUACUGCAGUUGUCGAUCUUGCUAAAGAGUUCAACGUCUCAGUGAUUACAACGCAUAGUCUGCAGGGCCCUUGGGGAAACACCAACAGUCCAGAGGAUGUCCAUGCUAUCGGAGCACUCAAUACCAGCAUUCCGGUCGUCUUUUCGCACGCGUCAUUCCUCACCUACAAGGGCGCAUCACUCCUCCGCUCCACCAACCAGUAUAUCUCAAUCACGCCAGAAUCGGAGAUGCAUUACGGUCACACACAUCCUCACAGCCAUCUGAUCCAAGAUCAAGGCUCCCUCGGUGUCGACACUCACUUCACUUUCUCAACCGAUAUCCUUACGCAAGCCCGCCUAUGGCUUCAGAGCACUCGCCGCCUACUCUAUCAACAAGUCCUCGCAAACUGGCGCGUACCUACCAGCACGCCGAUGACUGUCAAUCAAGCCUUCCUCCUCGCUACAAGGAACGGCGGACUUGCUCUUCGCCGCCCGGAUCUGGGCGUCAUAACCGAAGGCGCCAAAGCCGACGUGGUUGUCUGGAAUGGCGAGAGUCCCGCCCUCCUCGGCUGGGUUGACCCUGUCGCUGCUGUAAUUCUACACGCUAGCGUCGCCGAUGUCGAGCACGUCCUGGUGGACGGCAAAUUUGUCAAGAAAGACUAUAAGCUAGUGGUGCCUGACUAUGAGGACGUCAAGACGCGGUUCCUGGACAGCGCAAGGCAGAUCCAGCAGACUUGGAGGGAUAUCCCAUUCUCAGCUCUCGAGGGAGAGUUUAGCAGCUCGGAAGCUCCCUAUGAAGCUCCUCUAUCGGUCGAUGUCCUGCCCGGAGGUGAAAGUGGAUACGGUACCACGUUUGUUUGA